AUGGGCAACUUUCAUAGCAAGUCGUACAACUUUACAGAAAAAGUGCAGGAUUCAACAGUAGGGGGCCCCAGUUUUUCAGCAAAUGAGCCACCAACCAUUCGGCGCCAUCAUGAUUUCAAUGCAGAACGGGAUGCCAAGAAACUACAAAAAGCUUGCAAAGGGAUGGGAACAGAUGAAACGGCAAUUAUUGAAAUCCUAUCAAAUCGAUCAUCAGACCAGAGGCAACAAGUGAAACAGAAGUACAAGACCAUGUAUGGCAAGGAUUUGGAAGAGGUACUGAAAGGAGAACUAAGUGGGAAUUUUGAAAAGACAGCCUUGGCUCUGUUGGAUCGCCCAUGUGAAUAUGAUGCCAGAGAGCUUCGGAAAGCAAUGAAAGGUGCAGGAACGGAUGAAUCGGUGCUGAUUGAGAUUCUUUGCACCAGGGUCAAUAAGCAAAUAGUAGACAUAAAGGAAGCAUACAAAAGGCUCUUUGAGCGGGAUCUAGAAUCUGAUGUAAAAAGUGACACAAGUGGAUCCCUAAGGAAGAUUCUGGUUUCUGUGCUACAGGCUAACCGAGAUGAAGGGCUGGAGAUCGAUGCAGAGCUCGCUGGGCAAGAUGCCAAAGACCUAUAUGAAGCAGGGGAAGGCUGCUGGGGAACAGACGAAUUGGUUUUCAAUGUUGUCUUAGCAAAGAGAAACUACAUGCAGCUAAGAGCUACCUUUCAAGCUUAUGAAAAGCUGAAGGGGAAAGACAUUGAAGAUGCCAUUAAAAGUGAAACAUCUGGAGAUUUGGAGAAGGCCUUUCUCACUCUUGUGAGAUGUGCCAGAGAUUGCCAAGGCUACUUUGCCACCCGUCUGUAUGAGGCAAUGAAGGGCGCAGGGACAGAGGAGGAGACUUUGAUUCGCAUCCUCGUGACUCGGGCUGAGAUUGACCUUCAAACAAUAAAGGAGAAGUUCCACAAAUUGUACAACAAGUCCUUAGUGGAGGCCAUCAAAUCAGAAACGUCUGGGGACUUCAGAAAGCUGCUAGUGUCACUGCUACACUAA